AUGCCAACAACGCUGCUGGUGGUAAGGAGAUAUGGCGGAAGUGGUUACCAUACUCCGGGAGCCAAUGCCGGAUACGGCCAAAACAUCAACUACGGUCAGAGCGGUUACGGCAACACCGGCUACGGCAACACUGGCUACGGUAUUGGAUCCGGAAUAAGCACGGGAUACGGAUCGAACGCAGGUUAUGGAACCAAUACCGGCUAUGGAACGAACACUGGAUACGGAAGCAACACUGGAUAUGGAACAAAUACUGGGUACGGCACGAACAAUGGAGUCAAUGCUGGAUACGGAGGCCAUAGCGGCUACGGCACGAACGCUGGCUACGAAAACACUGGCUACAAUACGGGACUGUACGGGAACAAUGUUGGAGGCGGACAACAAGUCUCGUAUGGGCACUCAGGAUACAACAGCCUUAGCGUUGGUAUGUAA